CGAUGCUUCAGGCAUCUCAUAACACAAGGCUCCUUCUUUAAUUCUGGCCUGUGUUGGGGAGAAGAAAGGCCAGGUGUUGCCAGAAUGUGGGAGGGGUACAAGAUCAUAAGCGAUUCAACCAGACACCUGCCUUUCUAUACCGCUUCACUGCCCAAUUCAAGAGAGAUGAAUGUAAACAAAGCAGAACCAGCCAGGCAUGCGUAGAAAAGAUACUGAAUUGAAACCAACGGAAUUUAGGACCCAGAAGAAGCCGCAGGAGCGAGGCCAGGAAGUGGAAGCCCGAAGCUAUGCUAUUCAGCGCUGAUUUGACUAGAGAGACUUAUCAAACAUGGUUAAACUGCCGGAUAGUAGUACCUGAUAACUGUUAAUGCAAUAACUGCGUGGGAGCGCUUCUGGUGUGUUAGGGUUCUGAAAUCUUUUGCUGAGCAGCACCCAGUUUGCCCACAUAGCGCAGCGCCAUUGCAGAAGACUGCAGACAUGAGCACCAAGAAAGUGGCUCUUAUCACAGGCAUCACUGGCCAGGAUGGCUCAUACUUGGCAGAGUUCCUGCUGGAAAAAGGCUAUGAGGUACAUGGAAUUGUUCGUAGAUCUAGCUCUUUUAACACAGGACGGAUCGAACAUCUUUACAAGAACCCGCAAGCUCACAUAGAAGGAAAUAUGAAGCUACAUUAUGGGGAUCUCACAGACAGUACAUGCCUAGUGAAAAUAAUUAAUGAAGUGAAGCCCUCUGAAAUUUACAACCUUGGCGCUCAGAGUCAUGUUAAA